UAUUACGAUAACUAUCUGACUGUUGCAGCUUAUAGCCGAUUUGUGCGGUUUUAUGACUUUACACAUGGGUGUGGGUACCACUUUAAGAAAUCUAACACGGAACCGGGAAGUUGUUCACCACUCUGGCUAUCGUUUUACUCAUGGCCAGUUCAGAGUAUCACAGGCAGCCGACGCGUAAUGCUUCUGUUGUUGUUGUUAUUAUCAAAUAACUAAUGUGCAUUUGCAUUGUUCCUCUUUCUUUAUUCUUGAACCAUGAACAGGUCCCAACUCAAACGAUCCAGAAUAUUAAGAAUGGCUUUUACAGACUCCAAUCCGUCAGAAAAAGAGGAGCCCUUUAUUCUCAGAGCCACCAAAAUCGCUUUGGUUGUCGCUCUUUACUGGUUCAUCUCGAUUUCCAUGGUGUUCCUGAACAACUACCUGUUAGACAACAAGGAUCUGGACGCACCUGUCUUCAUCACAUUUUUCCAGUGUGUUGUUAGUGUUGGACUAUGUUGGAUCAUGAACUUCGUCUCAAAAUUAUGUCCUGGGUUCGUGGAUUUCCCGUCUUUGAAAUUUGAUUUUAGAGUGUCCAGAGAAAUUUUGCCAUUGAGCGUCGUGUUCAUAGGCAUGAUCACAUUCAACAACUUGUGCCUGAAAUAUGUGGGAGUUGCCUUUUAUACUGUUGGCCGUUCGCUUUCCACCGUAUUUAACGUUGUCCUGUCCUACGUGGUUCUAAAGCAAACGACGUCCUUCUACGCAGUGCUGUGUUGCGGAGUCAUUCUAGGUGGAUUCUGGCUGGGUGUGGACCAAGAAUCUAUCGCAGGUUCCCUUUCUUGGACAGGCGUGCUUUUUGGCGUACUUGCCAGUCUUUGUGUAUCUCUCAAUGCCAUCUACACAAAAAAAGUGAUGCCGGUGGUAGAUGGAAAUAUCUGGAAGCUCUCCUACUACAACAACCUUAAUGCCAGUGUACUUUUUAUUCCACUUUUCAUCAUUUUAGGUGAACUGAAAAGCUUGUCUGCGUUUAGCCGACUGACACAUUUAGAUUUCUGGGGGAUGAUGAUUUUGGGGGGAAUCUUCGGCUUUGCCAUUGGUUACGUGACGGGACUUCAGAUCAAAUUCACCAGUCCAUUGACGCACAAUGUGUCUGGCACAGCCAAAUCCUGUGCACAGACCGUGUUAGCGGUCAUCUUCUCUGCCUCCAGUAAGACAAUGCUCUGGUGGACAAGCAAUAUGAUGGUGCUAGGCGGAUCCUUCGCCUACACCUGGGUCAAAGGACUUGAGAUGAAGAAAGUCGAAGUGGCUCCAGAAACACAAAACACAAGCAGUCAGAAAAGUAAAGAGGAUGCAGCAGUGUGAAAAAGAGUUUUGGCAUAACUGUGUUGUAGAGACUCUUCGUUUGUUCAUCACAUCUGUGUAUACAUACAUAUAUUUACAUGGACAUUUGAAUGUUUGAUGUAUAUACAUUUACUCUGUAGUGUAAAUUAUAAUGAUUAAAACCUGUUUAACAAAACUUUACUUGUUUCAUAACACCAUAUACAGAUAGAAACUCACAUUUCUGAGAAAUGAGUGGUUUAUUCAUAAAUACAUACCACCUUAUUCAGAAUUGCAAGAAAAAAGUCAGAAUUCUGAGUUUAUAUCUCUGUUCUGAGAAAAAUGUCAACUGUGAGAUAAAAACUCAGAACUGACAUGAAGUCAAAACUGUGAGAUAAACAGUCACAAUUACAUUUAUUAUUGUUUUCUUUGUAUUUGUUAUGUAAACAAGACUCCAUAAAGAACAACAUCAUUGGAAUCACUUUUAGAACUAUUUUUUUUUUUUUUUUACAGCUGACAGCCAAUCAGAAUCCUGCUUUAAAGUACUGGCACAUUUAAAGCAGCAGGUGAAAAAACUGCAUGUGCAUAAUAAUCAGAAAAAUAUUGUGCAUUGUUGUGCUAAUAUAUAUAUUUAUUAUUAUAGCUACCUUUAUGGUUAUUGUUCUUGGUGUGAACGAAUAAUUAUUAUUAUUAUUGUCAUCAUCCUUAAGAUAACGUGAACCUGGACCACAAAACCAGUCUUAAGUACCGCGGGUAUAUUUGUAGCAAUAUUUAACAAUACAUUGUAUGGGUCAAAAUGUUUUUGUUUUUUUUUUUAAUUCCAAAAAUCAUUGGCAUAUUAAGGGGGGGUUGUCCCCCCUAAAAAUAUUGUUAUUAGCAACUCUGUGUAUUGUGAAUAAUAUAAUGGACAUAUACUUAAAAUAGCUGUGUAAGUAGUAAAACAAUAUAAACGUGAAAAAACAUUCAGAAGUUCAAAAAUGUUUUAAGUCACCCUUCCCUUGCCUAACAGUGGUUUGUUCCACUGCCUGUUUCCUCCUCCUUUACCGAAACACACACGAGUCCGGUGAGAGGCAAAGCUCUUCAGCAGUUAUGUACCUCCGACAGGAGAGGGCGAGAUUUCAUCAAAAACAGUCAACAGGUGAGACAGCCCAUCCAAAAUUAAAAGUGCACUCGUGGAACACCGCCUUUCUGCGGAACACGUCGAUCUUGCACUUGCUACUGAAGGACCUCCUUUAUACGCUUCAACUCCAGAAUCGGAGAGAGACACUGCCUCACACGCGCAGUCAGGGAUCGAAUAGGAAGGCACUUGUUGAGUGAUGAAGAGCAGUACGCAUAAGACGCUGUUUGUUCAUCACACAGUGAAAAUAUUCCAACAUAUGAUCAUUUACUGAGCGCUACUUUCGGAUCUCCAGACUUUCAAAGACCCGACCGAUGUGGACAGAUGUGCUGAUCCAGGUCUGAAUCCGCAGCGUGUUCAUCAGCCGACCAUCAAGACUUUGGGGUCCUGAAUUUGUCAUCUAACAGAUGCCAUUCCUCAAAAUAGCACCUUGUGUCUCUUACUUCUCUUUCUCCCUGUUUCUUUUUCCACUAAGACAAAAGAGAAGAGGAAGAGCACUGGAGGAGAAGAGAAAAACAGAAGGCUAUUAGAAAGUGAAGAUAGAGGAAGAAAAAGAGA